AAAGAUGAGUCAAACCGGUAACCCACGCGAGGAUACGGAGGAGGCUGGACCUUCCGUGGACUCUGAAAAUCCAGAGGAGAGAAUUGCAGCCCGUCGCCUCCGGAUAGCUGCACGAAGUGAAGCCAAGAAAAGACAAGAACUGGGAGAUGACUCCCAUGAAAAGAAAGAAAUCAAAGAGGAGGCCAGAAAAAGCCAGCAUCAAGUGGAACAGAGUGAGAAGCGUAUGAUAAAGCUGCAGAGUGAUGGGACGGAGCUGGUCACCAACAUCCAGGUAGCAGCUGAUUCUAGGGAAUCGCAGCGUCAAACAGAGGUGGAGGAGGCCCACAGACUCAGGGUGGAGAAGCUGGAGAAUGAGGCCAAGUCGAGCCUGGAGAAGUUUGAGGAGAUCACCAGGAAGUGGACGGUGGCAAAGAUGAAGGAGAUCCCCCAGGACUUGAGAGACUCUCUGAGCAGCCAGCAGCAGCUGUGUGCCCUGCUCAUAGAGGACAAGAACAAACUCAUCCUCGAGCUGCAGCAGGAGAUGAAGUUAAGUGACGAUCGCUACGUCAAAAAUCUGAAGAAGCAGGCAGAGGAUGUGGACCUGAUGAUUGAGAGAAUGGAGGACCAGGUCAAGUUUCUGAUGGGCUCCUACAGGGAUGAACUGGACCAGAUAGAGAAUUCCUUUGAGCAUGAGCGGAAGAUCCUACUCACUGGGAACAGGACGAAAUGGGAACAGUACAUGAAGGAGCGCCGGGACAAAGAGCUGGAGAACGUGAUGCAGAGGAUGAAGAGGGUGGAUGAGUAUGAGGUGUUGCUGCAGCAGCUGAGGACAGAGGACGCGGAGGAAUACAAUAUGAUCAAGAUCAAACUGGACACAGAUGUUCAGAUCCUGGAGCAGCAGCUGCAGCAGAUGAAGGCUACGUACCAGCUGAACCAGGAGAAGCUGGAGUACAACUUCCAGGUGCUAAAGAAGAGAGACGAAGAGAACACCAUCACCAAGUCCCAGCAGAAGAGAAAGAUCACCAGACUGCAGGAUGUUGUCAACAACCUGAAGAUCAAGUGUGCCAACCAGGAGAAGCAGUCCCGGGAGGAGAACCAGAACCUCACUGAUGACUACACACGCAUUAUGCAACAGUACAAACACAUGCAGAAGAAGAUGAGGCACUUUGCGGCCAUCGAUGCCAAGAAGUUUGAGGAGGUGUGGCUGAUGAACGAGGAGGAGGUCAAGGCGCUGGUGGAGAAGGCCCUGGAUACGGACCGGCUGGUCCACGAGCAGCAGUUGGGCCUGGCCUGGCAGCGCCCAUCACUGGCUUUCAUGGAGCGCUGCGGCCCCCUCCAGCCCCAGAGACAGGCCCAGAAGACUGCGCACCAGGCCAUCUCCGAGCUGCUCCAGCUUGGGCAGACCAGUGGAUGUAGCCCGGGGAAGGGGAACAGUGAGGUGGAGAGAGAGAGGGAAGGGAGUGAGGCGGAGCACAGUGGGACGGUGUCGGCGAAGAUGGUCAAGAAGCUCCUGGAGCUGCUGUGUGACGAGGCGGGUUUUCUGAUAGAGAGCAAACUUCUGAAGCUCCUCUCUCCACUGGAGAAGGAUGAGCAGUCCCUCAUGAAGCUGGACUCCAUCUUCACUGCCAUGGGGAUCGAGAGCGAGGAGGACGUGUACAAGCUGGCGGAUUUCUUCAUGAAGUAUAGACAUACACAAGGGGAGCAGACCCAGGAUGCGUCUGCAAAAUGGGGCGUGGCCAGUCCUCAGGCGGAGCGAGGGGAGUUUACCUCCUCCUGCAGCCCGCCGUCUGACCUCAUCCAUCCCAAUGAUGUCCUGGUGGCCCUGAGGGCCUUCACUGCUCACCACUGCCGGCCAAGAGAGUUAGCUACCUCUCACCAGCCCAGUAUGCUGGGUCUAGGAGGGAGAGAUGACACUGAAGACGCUGCUUACUGGGAGGCCAUGGGUGACGUCAUCCCUGAGGCCAAACUCAAGAUCUGGGGCGCCCUGGAGACAGCACUUUACAAGUACCACAUUGUUCUGACAGAGAGGUCCAAGUUCAUCACAGACACACAGAGCCUGAAACAACAGAACACAGAGCUCCGGAUGCUGCUUCACCAAUACGUCAACUCCAGGGUCAAUGCUGAGCUGGAGAUCCCGCCCAACCUGGUGAUGCAGCUGGCUCCUGAGUGAACAAGCUGACUGAUCAGGAAGAGCACACACAAACCCACAGUGCAGUGGAA